AUGGCCUCAGAUUCGACGAAGAAGGACCUCACCCUGCACAUUGAAGUCCUGUCGGCUCGGGGGCUGCGAGACGCGGACUGGUUUCCGGGCUCCAAGGGAUCUGAUCCCUUCUGCGAGGUCACCGUGCCCGGCAAGAGCCUCUUCUUCAAGACGGAGGUCGUGGAGGACACUUCGGAUCCUGUCUGGAAUGCUUCGACCGACUUCACGGUCGCACCUGCAGACGUCCUUCAUUUCGCAAUCUUCGACGAGGACAAAAGGAAGAAGUCAGACCGACUUGGCUAUGUUACACUGGCAGUGGCCGAGGCGGUCAACGGCUUUGAUGGUGAGCUCAAGCUUUUGGAGGCCAGCAGCACCAAGUGGGGCGGCGACAAGAACGUGCAGGCCUUCGUGAAGCUGAGGGUGGCGCCGAAGGCGCCUCCUUCAGCCCCGGCGGCCGUGGAGCCGCAGGAAGCGCCGAGCGAAGCGCCGAAGGCGCCGAAGAAUGCGGCCAAGGUGGCAGGUGCCGACAACGAGGAGCUGGAGAAGCUGCAGCGACUUCGGAGAGCAUCCGUGGAGAGUGGUCUCACCAUCCGCGAGGUGCGCCAGCUCUCGGUCGCGGAGCUCGAAAGGUGGCUCGAGGAGGAGCAGCUCCGCAAGCAGCGCCGGCGCAGCCGGCGCGACGAGGAGCGCGGGCAGAAGCAGGUGGUGGAGGAGGAGGGGGGUCAAUGGUGGAGUCCCGAGCACGGCGAUGGCAGCGAGGGGGAGCACUGCCGCCGCUGCGCAGCGCAGCUCACGCCUGGCGCAAAGUUCUGCGCAGCCUGUGGUGCGCCCGCCGACUGGGAGCCAGAGGAGACACCGAGCCGCGUUGAGGUGGAGGCCCCGCCUUCUUUGCCCAAAGUGGACAAGGAGGAGCCGGCCGGUCCUGCGAAGGCCGAUGAGUUGGUCGUCGUCGUCGUCAGCGACGAGCUGCCGGAGUAUGGCACAUCGUCAUGGGCCGACACAUUGGACAGCCCUGCACCAGCAAGCUACGAGGCGCCGGCCCCCGCAGCGCCCAGUGAACUCUGGCCAGAACGUGAACCCGGGCAGGACCUUCGCCCCCUGGACGGCGAUGACCGGAACCGCCGCCUGCUGCGGCUCUUGGAAGGCCCAUACGCGUCCUUGCCAAAGUCGGCUGGACCACGGAUGGAUCCCUGGCAGAAGCUCGCGAGCUUCGGGCAGCGGCCACCGGUGCAGAUUGGUUUGCCAGGCAGCCGAGGGCCCGGUCAGGAGAAAGCCACCCAAGGCGAACUCCAACCAGAACCCGGGCGCUGGGCUGUGUCGCAGGUGGCCUCCGAGAGCGUCAUGCGGAGCUCCUCGCACUUCGGCUUGGAGGUCUUCCGGCGCUUCUUGCGGGUCAAGCAGGAGCCAGAGCUGCACUGGCUGGCUGAUGAGAUGAUGCACGUGGAGCUUCCACAAGGCAUGUACCCCAUCGACCCCAUGUCGGUCGAGUGCAAGUCCCUGGACCGCCACAGCCGCUGCCCACAGCCGCCGCCCGCGCUGGCGUUUGCCCAGGCCAGCGAGCCUGGAGGCUCGCUGGAGGAUGAGGGGGAGGUGUUCUUCGAGCAUCCCUACCAGGAGGCCUUCGAUCAUGCAGCUGCCGCCCAGAUGCUGGCGACCUCAUCCUCGGACCCUGGGGCCCUACUGGAGGUCGCAGAGGCCGCGUGGACGCACCGGUACGGGCAGGGCCUGAGCAACUGGGAAGAAAAUCUUCGAGGGGGUGGCUUCGUCCACAGAGUGACGGGCCACCACGCUCGCAAGGAUCCACGCAGCCACAUCUUGCGCGAGCUGCAGCUGGGUUGCUUUCUGAUUGCCAGGGUUCGAGCACAGCUCGGCGUGCCCGGCGUGCCGUAG